CUCUUGCUGUAGGUCUCUGAUUAAGUCUCUCUCUCUCAUAUUCCUGGGAGACAGUAGCUCCCCAGGCCUGCGAUGAGGGAGGCUGGCUUGGGUAAGGAGAAGGGAAUUGGGCGUCUUUAAAGACCUGUAGGCAGAGGGAGUGAGGGAGGGAGGCUGUUUGUCCUGGGUGGGGCUCUGUGCCAGGUCCUCUGGGUAGCUGUGAAGUGGUGAGAGAAGGGGUGGGAACGCUGGACUUCUGGACUUUGGGCAGGGCAGAUCCUUCUGAUUCUCUGGCUGCUGAACAGUUUCUUCCGGGCUCCGGCCUGAGUGCCACAGCCAGGGCCUCUUCUCUGUACACAGGUAAGAAGACUUCAAAGAUGAGAGACAAGACCCUUCUGAGGAAGUGGGAACACAGUCUGGGUCCUGGGGGGUGGGAAGUAUGGGUUGAAGGUAAGUAGGAAAAGAUGUAGGACUGACCAGGUUUGGAGGUGCUGGACUUAGUUCUGCAGGUGAUGCAGCCUGAAGACCUUGAGCUUUCUGGGACCCUCUAACGUGGAUCCUGCAAGGAAAGCUCCUGUUUUCUUCUUUUCCCUUUGUUCCCUGAUUUAACUUUGCAAAGAUUCCUUCUCUUUUUUCUAGAUCCUUGCAUUAUUUUCUGCAUAAUCCCACUUUAGCCCUGUGCCCUUUGAAGCUCUCCCUCAGAUCCUCUGUAAUCUCCAUAGUGCUGUCUCUCAUCCCUGGAUAACUUUUCCUAACUCAGGCUCUAACUGCUUUUCUGUUCUCUUCCUAAGUCCUGAAUCCUUCUGCUAGUUCUAAGCACCUUUGCUCCUACUAUAGUCUUUCUUUAUUUAAGUCAAUUCAUCUCCCUCUCACUUUGCCCACAACCUUAACUUUGAGUUUAGUGAUCUGGGCUCCCUGCCUGCUGGUCACUCUCUCUCUCCAACUAAGCCACAGGGUCACUCUUACUUUUGUCCCUUCACUUGGAUUCCCACCACCCUCUGAGAAAGUUCUCAGCUUCUCUGUCUCAUCUUUACGCCAGCCGAACUCUGUUGUUUUUCCCUAGACCAGGCAAGGUCCCCCAGGCCAGGAUGUCAGGCCUGGUGUUGGGGCAGCGGGAUGAGCCUGCAGGCCACCGGCUCAGCCAAGAGGAGAUCCUGGGGAGCACACGGCUGGUCAGCCAAGGGCUAGAGGCCCUGCACAGUGAACACCAGGCCGUGCUGCAAAGCCUGUCCCAGACCAUUGAGUGUCUGCAGCAGGGAGGCCACGAGGAAGGGCUAGUGCAUGAGAAGGCCCGGCAGCUUCGCCGUUCUAUGGAAAACAUUGAGCUCGGGCUGAGUGAGGCCCAGGUGAUGCUGGCUCUAGCCAGCCACCUGAGCACAGUGGAGUCGGAGAAACAGAAGCUGCGGGCUCAGGUGCGGCGGCUAUGCCAGGAGAACCAGUGGCUGCGGGACGAGCUGGCUGGCACCCAGCAGCGGCUACAGCGCAGUGAACAGGCUGUGGCUCAGCUGGAGGAGGAAAAGAAGCACCUGGAGUUCCUGGGGCAGCUGCGACAGUAUGAUGAGGAUGGACACACCACGGAGGAGAAAGAAGGCGAUGCCACCAAGGAUUCCCUGGAUGACCUCUUCCCUAAUGAGGAGGAAGAGGACCCCAGCAAUGGCUUGUCCCGUGGUCAAGGUACUGCAGCAGCUCAGCAGGGUGGAUAUGAGAUCCCAGCAAGGUUGCGGACGUUGCACAACCUGGUGAUUCAGUACGCAGCCCAAGGUCGCUAUGAGGUGGCCGUGCCACUCUGUAAGCAGGCACUGGAGGACCUGGAGCGCACAUCAGGCCGUGGCCACCCUGAUGUUGCCACCAUGCUCAACAUCCUUGCUUUGGUGUAUCGGGACCAGAAUAAGUAUAAGGAAGCUGCCCACCUGCUGAAUGAUGCCCUCAGCAUCCGGGAGAGCACCCUGGGCCCUGAUCAUCCUGCUGUGGCUGCCACACUCAACAAUUUGGCUGUGCUCUAUGGCAAAAGGGGCAAAUACAAGGAGGCAGAGCCUCUGUGCCAGCGGGCACUGGAGAUUCGAGAAAAGGUCCUGGGCACUAAUCACCCAGAUGUGGCAAAGCAGCUGAACAACCUGGCCCUCUUGUGCCAAAACCAGGGCAAGUAUGAGGCGGUGGAACGCUACUACCAGCGAGCACUGGCCAUCUACGAGGGGCAGCUGGGGCCAGACAACCCUAAUGUAGCCCGGACCAAGAACAACCUGGCUUCCUGUUACCUGAAACAGGGCAAAUAUGCUGAGGCUGAGACACUAUACAAAGAGAUCCUGACCCGUGCCCAUGUGCAGGAGUUUGGGUCUGUGGAUGAUGACCACAAGCCCAUCUGGAUGCAUGCAGAGGAGCGGGAGGAAAUGAGCAAAAGCCGGCACCAUGAGGGUGGCACACCCUAUGCUGAGUAUGGAGGCUGGUACAAGGCCUGCAAAGUGAGCAGCCCCACCGUGAACACUACUCUGAGAAACCUGGGAGCUCUGUAUAGGCGCCAGGGAAAGCUGGAGGCUGCUGAGACCCUGGAGGAAUGUGCCCAGCGGUCCCGGAGACAGGGCACUGACCCUAUCAGUCAGACCAAGGUGGCAGAGCUGCUUGGGGAGAGUGAUGGUAGAAGGACGUCCCAGGAGGGCCCUGGGGACAGUGUGAAAUUCGAGGGAGGUGAAGAUGCUUCUGUGGCUGUGGAAUGGUCUGGGGAUGGCAGUGGGACCCUGCAGAGGAGUGGCUCUCUGGGCAAGAUCCGGGAUGUGCUCCGCAGAAGCAGUGAAAUCCUGGUGAGGAAGCUCCAGGGGACCGAGCCUCGGCCUUCCAGGUCUCCCGGGGCCUCAGUGCCAGCUCCAUGGACCUCUCUUCAAGCAGCUGACAUUCAACCCAGUCCCCAGGUCUGCUGGGUCCCCCUACCCCUAUAGCCCUCACAGCAUUCCCCAUUGCUCCUGGCUCUUCCCCACCCCUAGGUGGGACAGUGAAGGGGAGCAGUUUAACCAGAAGAUUGCUGCUGCCCUUAGGGUUUCAGCUCCCUCCUCAGGAAUCCCUCUUAGGAAGGACCCUCAGGACACCCUCUCCGCACCCUGUGGUCCUCUAGAGUAGCUAGCUCUGAGGCCCCCAAGGUGGGUACAAAGCAGGUAUGGCCCUCAGAGAUGCAGCCUGCUGCUGGCUUUUCAGUCAGAGGGUUGAGGGCUGGCCAGCCAAGCUGCCUUGCCUUGGCCGCUCUUAUUCCCUCCCUCUGCUGUCUCACUUCAGGUCCAUGUAUUUCACUUUUCUUAAAUAAAAGAAUCAGGUAACCUUUC